AUGAAGACUGCCGUUCUAUUGCUACUAGCCAUCUCACACAAUACAACUGCAUGGAUUCAGUGUAGUAGAGCUGGUAGACUAGCUCAUUCCUCUACGUAUGCUUUAUCUGACGAUUAUCUAGAGAAUGAUUUGGUUGCAGUGAAACCGGACAAAGACGAUGAUUCUUCGAGUAAAUCCCGACUUUGUGUCGUGAAACCAGACAAUACCGUGGUGCCUCUUUGCCGACAUGAAGACGACGUUGAAACCGAUCUAUUCAUUGAUCCUCGAUGUUACGAAGAGGAAUUUUGGGGGAAGGUUGAAGAUGAAAGUGUGGUCGGAAGCUAUGGUGAAGGUUGGUAUGGGCAAAGGCCGGUUCCAAGUUUGGGAGGUGGACCUGGAUAUGGAGCUGAAGCUCAAGAAAUUUGGAGCGUUGAUGAAGAUUUGCUUAUACAAUUAGAAGAAGAAAAUGUCGACCUGCCAGUACUGGAUAUGGGAAUUGCCCAUGGUGAAAAAGCAAGAGGCGGCGCCUUCUAG